AUGUAUCGCGACGACGGAGAGGACGAUGACGACGCUGCGCAUCCUGGAUGGGGCGUCGACGAGCGGCUCCUGCGGUUCCGCGCGGGUCCCCCCGCACCUCGCGAGGAUCCCGGCGCCAUCCGAGGGAGGUUGCCCACGUUCACGGGACCCGUCGACGAUGCCCCCGUAGGGCCGCAAGAGGUUCCCGGCGCGCAAUUGCCGCACAGAGCGACCCAACCCAGCAUCGCCGAGAUGAUGGCAGACCCAAUGGGCACCCUCAGCGCGCUACCCGAGCACACCCAGCGGCUCGUCCUGGCGCAGUCCAUGUUGAGCCAGCAGCAGAUACUGAUGGGCGAACUCGCCCGCAGGCGACAUUGGGAGCAGGAACGAUGGAUGCACUGGCAGCAACUCCAGGCGAAGCAGAAAGCCGAGCAGGAGGAACGAGAAAGGGCGAGGAGAGAGGAGGAAGAACGAGAAAGGGCGAGGAGAGAGGAGGAAGAACGAGAGGAGCGGGAGAGGCAGGAGGCGGCGAAGGCUGCGAGGGGCCGAUGGAAAAUGUUCAGUAAAGUCAAGGGCGCGACGGGCGUACUCAAGGCAAAAGCAGAGGAACGGAAGGCUGCGGACGGACGAGGUUCACCGCCUAGGUUCACCUCCAACGGCGAUGAUGAUGACGACGACCCGCACGGCGUUAAAUCAUACGUCGUGCCGAGACGGCCCGACGGCCUGGUGGACCUCAGGCCGGAGCCGCCCCUGCCCGCGGUGCCCGAGCUCCUGUCGUACAACACGGAUGACGGCGUGGACCGUUCCGCGUUCGCCGCGAAGAAACGCGCGGAGCUCGACCGUUUAACCGGCGAGGAGGGUGUGCGGGAGGCGGUUCUCGCAGCGGCGUCCUUGCUCGACCCGGCGACGCUCGCCAGACGCGGUGAGCUCAGGCGCGAGGCUGCGCUGCGUAGGUACCGACGCCUGGACGAUGACCACGAGCCCGACGACGACGACGAAAACGUUUCGCCGGCGGAGAAUUACGGGGACGAGUACGAGGGCAAGAGGGCGAUCGGCGGUGCGCUGGAGUACGCCCGACGGUUGGAGGAAGAGGCUGAGCUGGCGAUGCGCGAGUUUAAGUUUGUCAAGGCGGAGAGCGUGUGGCGGAGGCUUCUCGCGGUCGAGGUUGGCGUUGCCGUCGGCGGGAUACGUUCAAAGGCGGCGGCGGUGCUCGCCGCGUCCAUGCCCGCGUCUCUGCAUCGGAGCGCCGAAGCGGAUGAGGAGGCGGACCCGGUGGAGGCUGCUCCCGCGCUCUAUCAGCUGUCGCGCGCGUUGCGAGCUCAGCCCGGGCGAAGGAGGGACGAGGAGGCCAUUCUUCUUCGCUCCCUUCGAGCUCUCGAACAAGCCGGGCGCGCGGACGGCACGAACCAGCAGGGUGUGUCGGACGGCGAUGCCCGUCUGACAUACAGGGUACUGAGCGCGCUACACGCCGCUGGUGUCGCCAUCGACGCGGAGGUUAACGACACGUACGAUGACGACGACGAUGGAAAAGACGAUUUUGACGAUGAAGCCGCUCUGGUGUACGCGGCGCGCGCUCUGUCACUCGCCGAGCGCCGUCACGGGCCGUGGCACCCGACGACUGCGGAUGCGCUUUGCCGUGUCGCAUCCAGUCUGGUCCGCGCGGGACAGCUCCACGACGCUGUCGAGAGGCUGCAGAGGGCGCUGACCAUCUCCAGGAGAGCACGAGGCGACACCCACGGGGAGACUGGAUACAUCCUGUGCGCUCUGGCGCAGACGCACAAGAGGCUCGGGAACUUCGAGCGAGCGUCCAGGCUUGAGGCGGAGUGGAGGAAGUGCGCACCUCGGGCGCGCCAGCCGAGGCCACCCACACGGAUGCAACCCCCGGCGAUGCUGCAACCAGCCGGACGCGGUGACGUGAGGUCGUUCAGAGAGAAGGUUGUCGACGUUCCCGUUCCCAAGGCUGGCGUCGCUGCGAACGAAGCGUCGAAUGCUGGGCCUCCUCCUUCUCGCGCGGGUUCGGAUGCGAGCGAUCCGCUCACAGGGUACUUUGGUGGGAACCUGCAAGAGCCGAGGUGCGGUGAUGGAAAAGUCACCCGCGUCGGUCUCGUGCCGGCGCUCGACCUCUCAAUGCUGCCACCACUUGAUUUCUCGGAUGAUGAAGGGGACUGA